GACUGCGAUACUUUUUCGGUUUGCACAGAAGCGCGCCAAGCGCGCGUUCUUGAGUGUUCUUUUUUUUUUUUCGCUGGUGCUUCGGUCACUUCGGUUGCUUCGGUGCAGUUGGGUGCAGUGGUCGGUGCUUUUCGGCGUUCGUUGACCUGUCAGUUUUCGUUCGUUUUCUUUUCACGCACAAACCUUUCGUCCCGUUAUUACGUGCCGAUCAUGGGUAGGCUAGAAGUUCGUCGGAGAUACGCAAUGGGUCUGUGAGACCGCAGCGGCAUCGGUGGCCCGCAGCCUGUUGCAGUUUUGCCAGAUUCGCCAGCAUGAAUGAUCAAGACGAACUUCGCGAUGAAGCUCGAUUUCGAAUGUUUGUCGACGACGACAACCAUCGGUCCCUCUUCGAAGCUUUUGUGUCACAAGCGAACAAGGACUUGGGACCCAUCGACAAGAACUGGUUCUACAACGAGCGUUCCUCCCAAGUGUCCGCAUGCAGCGGCAGUGAUGUGGGCACCGCUCUAAACUCUCCGUCUUCGCAACAGUCGAGUUCCACUUGCGUGAGCGGAGCGACUCCCAGAUCGUCGAGGCCCGCCGAACUCUUUUCGCCAUGUGCAAGUGCCCUGGAGUGGACUCCAUCACCUCCGUCCAACAGGUCGGACAUGUUCAAGACGCCCGCAGUUCCAAACCCGCGGUCACUCCUUCACAGCCUCGGUGUUGGAGCAGCCGGACCCAGUCCGCAAUGGUCGCCGUCGCUUCAAACCCCGCCGAAUGGACAUUCCAGUGAAAAGAAGGACAUGGAUAUCAGAAAGGAUGACAACUUGCACCUCGCACCACGGAGCCUGUUCCGUUCGUCCACGGCAAGCUUUCGUAGUUACUCGUCCGAAAUGGAAGACGUGCCGGAAGGCAAGCCCAAAGAUAUUCCUUACGGCGACGAAGAUGACGAGGUGCCGCGUCAAAAGCCGCCAAGCUCAUGCUUCGGUGACGGCGUGACUCCUCAAGCCUCGCGCACGGAACCUAAACGUCUUCCCGUCGAAGCUCUUGCCCGCUGCAUCCAACAGGGCAACUGGGAUGAACAGGAACUGCUUGAAAGCCUAAGUAUGGCUGAAGACCGAUCCGAGCAAGCUUUGCCGCAGUUACCGAGCCCUUGUGUCACGCCAUCUAGCUCACAGAUCUUCGUCGACAACGACAACAAAACAGAAGACAUCGAUGCGCAUACGAAAGCAGACAUGUUUGUUGACCAAAGUGUCGUUGACAUUCCUUUAAUCGUGGAUAUUGACGCACGAGAUUCAAGUAACAUAUUGACCGUGGACGUAGCUACAUCGUCGCAAGCCUCCGGCUCUCCACCCGCGAGACGCCGCAGCGCUACCGCAAGGAGGAAGCUCAUGGGUGACCCGAGAGGCCCUGUUCCGCUUCACUCGGCUGCGAAUCUCGGCAGACCGGGAAAACUCGAGCUGGUGGCGGAAAGCGUCUGCGCAGGGUCCGCCGGUGAGAGCCUCAGAGACGGCUCCACUUCGGAAGAGAGCAGGAUGGACCUCGCCUUCGCCAAGUCGCAGAACGACUUCCUCAAGGUCGGAUACUCUUUCACGCAGAUGGUGGAGGUGGCAGAAAGCACGAUGGCCUGUCUUGAAGCUCCAGACGUCGGAUUUACGCAGUCCGAGCCUUCAGAAGCUGCAGUUUCGUCAGAGGGCAUCUUGGGAUGCCUCCUGGGCAUGGACAGCACAAAGCGGGCCAAGAAAGUUGCGGCAGACGUACCGCCGUCGCAGGUUGCACUCCAAAGCUUGACAGCGGUCCCAGUUCCGAAGGCAAUCUAUCUGCCGUCAACCGCCAAAGCUCAAGCGUCCCACAGCGUCUGUUCUGAUGAAGUCAUCGAGGUCAUUGCAGAGGAUGUCGCGCCGAAGAUUCCGACGGGCUUCACGACGGGAUCUGGGAAGGUGGUCACAGUGUUGUCCAAGUCGCUCAACGCUGCGCAGUGUUUACUGUUGGAUGUUGGGGGUCAUCCAAUCGAGGAGGAGAAGCGUUCGGCCGUAAGUGCUGGUGGGAAGAGGGCUUCUGUACCUCUAGAUUCCCUCAGACCAGGUGCCACACCUUUCAAGAACAAUCUUGUAGUCCAGAACGAUGCACCACAGGACAAGGGCUACGUGACGACUGGUUUUACAACAGCCGGGGGUCAAUCUGUGACUGUGGCAGCAUCUGCUCUGGCUUUUGGAGAACGGCUACUUCAUGGUGUUGACAGUGUUAAUGUCUCAGAAUCUAGCCAUCUUUGGGACGUGCCCUCAGCAUCAGUCCCAGCCAAUGGGCAGUUUGAAUCAAAGGCACUGUUCCGAGACAUCACAAAUCGGGUCGUGAAGAAGUCUGACCCAAUCCAACUUCCCCCAGCAACGCUGUCUUCAGAAAGUGCCGAGAGGAUUCCUACCGGAUUCACAACGGGCAGGGGUGCUGCUGUCAGUGUCCUCAAGAAGUCUCUAUCUGCUGCAAAGAACGUCCUCUCGGAGUUGGCAUCAAAAGAUCAGGGGGUGGAAUUGUGCGAAAAUAUAUUAGUCACGACAGGAUUCACAACAGGCAAUGGACGUACGGUAACUGUGGGGCAGCGUAUGCUUCACAGCGCCUGCAAGUUUCCCGGCGACCAAAAGAUGAAUGGGGAAGACGGCGCAUUAUCAGAAGUCAGUGCAUUGGAGGGAUUGACGGCAGCUGAGCGUGGUGUCCUUGCCAACAGCGGGCCCGAGCAAGCUUCUUUUGUAUCUGAAUUCCAAACUGCUGGUGACAUGCCAGUCUGCAUUAAAAAAACGCCGCUAAACCAUGCUUCCAGACUAUUUGAAGACGAAUGCCCGCAAACACGCUGCAAAGAUGCAGAGCGAAACGCCUUCACGUCUUCCACAACUGAAUCGGGGGACACCGCCUCUGCGUCAUUUGAUUCGUUGCGGAAGGUUGCGCUUCUCUUCAACGAAACGCAGAAAGCCGACGUUGGAAACACGACUUUGACUGAUGACCUUAAGGUCAGUUCUUCCGUAUCCGGAUUCAAAACUGCUGGUGGGAGGCAGGUCUGCAUUCCAGAGGAGUCGCUAAGCCGCGCUUGCAAAUUGUUUCGAGACAAACGUCUCGAAGCGUGCUGCGGAGACGCAGCUCGCACCAUCUCUACCUCUUUCACCGCCGGAUCGGGGACCGCUGUAUCUGUGUCGUCCGAUUCCUUACAGAAAGUUGCUUCUCUCUCUGGUGAAGCUGAAAAGACCCACUUUGGCAACGUUGCUUCAACCAAGGUUUGCGAGAGCCGUUCCAAACCUGCAAAAGUAGGGGUUGCCGAGGCAACGAAUCAUGUUGCGACCGGUUUUAAGACCUGUUCAGGUCGUGUGGUGACGGUGGCACGCGAUUCCCUCACCACCGCGCAAGGUCUUCUUCACGACGUCACGAAAGAAGUCGCCUCUUUUGACGGCCUGCCAAAUGGAAAGUCUGAUGUUGCCGCACGCAGCGACGUCGUCACCGGUUUCACGACAUGCACCGGAAAGCCGGCGUCGGUGCAUUCCGAUUCACUUGAUGCUGCAUCUAGGGUGCUGGGCGCCAGCACCAAGAACGCGAGUCUUGACGACCUAGAAGAGAUGCCAGACGCCCUUCGCCAGCAAGACAUUCGCGGGCGGCUUUCGGCGCCACCGUUGGCGUCGGUGUCUUGUUUGAGCGUCGCACAAGGUACACCUCAAAGACUUGCAAACGGUCUGGUUGCCAACUCGUCGCCCGGCAUCGCUUCAGAAGCCCAGCGGACUCCACAAUCCGCGUCGGCCAUGUUUAAGUCAAGGCUGAAGGGCGUCGCCCGAGCUCCGAGUUUCGUGACGCCCUUCAAAGCCGUCGGGAAGCCCCAGACCCCGACGGUGGCAGCCAAGACGACUGUUGCGCCACCGCGGAGCUUGUUCCGCAAGAGUCAGAUCCAGCCGGGGAAACUGUGGAUCAUGCGGCGAGUACUGAAAAAGGACAGGAUUUCGCUGAAAGAGGCGUUUGAAGGCAAUGCCCCAAGGUUUUACAGUUGUGAAGAGCUUGCGGCCUUUGGUGUAUCGGGCGUCACUGCUUCCGUCAACUCCAUCUCUGCGGUGAAUUUUGAGUUCUCCGCUCCCCCUCCCGAUGCGCUCAUCAUUUUGGGAGACGGCGCGACGGUGCAGCCCUCGCCAGGUCAAUCUAGGCUGGGCAAGAGCGAACUUUACAGCGCGUUCUUGGGUGUUCCGGGCGUGGAUUCGAGCCUGAUAUCUCGGGAGUGGUUCGACAACCAUUACCGGUGGAUCGUCUGGAAACUGGCCUCCUUGGAACAACACGGUCCACACGUCUUUGCGGGGAGGUCCUUGACGCCCGACAACGUCAUGCUCCAAAUGAAGUACAGGUACGACGUCGAGAUCGACCACAGCACCAGGUCAGCCCUUCGAAAGAUCCUUGAGAGGGACGACAUUGCAAGCGGCACCCUGAUCCUGUGCGUGUCUGGGAUCAGUCGAGAAGAAAACGCUCUGAGGGUGGAGGUCACAGACGGAUGGUACGGACUCCGGGCCGAGUUUGACGAGCCGCUGUCCAAACUGGUGUUCGAGAACCGAAUCUUUGUGGGGCAGAAGCUGAUCACUUCGGGAGCGGACAUUGUCGGAUCUACGGACGCCUGCGCUCCGCUCGAGGUGCCUGACGAACUCGCGCUGAGGCUGAACUUCAACUCGACGCGUCGAGCAAGGUGGGACGCCAAGCUGGGCUACCUUCGAGCACGCCAGCCCUUCCGCGUGUCCCUCGGAUCCCUGCACCCAAAGGGAGGGGCCGUGGGAAGGGUGGAUUGUAUCGUGAUCCGAGCCUACCCCGUCAUGUACCUGGAGAUGCUGUCUAACAAGACGGCCGUGAUGCGCAGCGAGCGCGCCGAACUCGUGGUCGCAGCCAAACACGACAAGCUGCGCAGCGCCUUUACCGAGAAGCUGACCGCCGAAGUGCUGUCGCAAGUCGAGAAAGACGACACGGAGGGUCUGUCGUUGGAGACGCUCAGCGGAGUCCAGGUGUCCUACUCCGUCAAGCAGAUCCAGGGCCUUACCUCGGGACAGGACAUCUGGAAGGCCCUUUGCUGCUCUGCAGACUCCGUGGAGAUCGAGCGUAUCCUGACACCCAACCAACUGAGGCUUCUGAACGAGUACCAGGACCAGCAGCUGAACCAGAAGCAGCUGGCUCUUCAGCAGAAGUUGGAGCAGGCCUUUCAGCAGGCCGAAGAAGAAGGCAAGUGUCCAAAAGAGCGGAAUGUAAUCCCGGUGUUCAAGGUCCUCGUGGGAGGGAUUCACGAAUCGGAUCUGCGCAAGAAUGUCUGCUGCGUCCUGAGCGUGUGGAGGCCCACUGACGAGCUUCGGCAAACGCUGGUCGAAGGCAGGGCGGUGUCAGUCUACAACGUCCACGUGAGCCCCGUCAGGAACGUCCUGCCCGACGUCCAGAACUGCGCUGUGGAACUGACAACGUCGAAAGGAACCCGCUAUGAGACGGUUGACUGUCCAGAGCACAUCCGGAUCUACUACAGCCGUCAGGUGACCAGUUUUCCGGUGUUGCUGAGCGAGAACGGUUCGCCCGGGCGGGCUGUGGACAUUGUGGGUCUCGUGUUCCUGGUGAGCCGUCAGAGCGAGAGGGACAUCUUCUACCUGGCGGACUCCAAGCUCAACUUUGUCCAGCUCGUCGUCGCAAAGCAGAGCCAGGCUGUGCUAGCAGACGACUCCGUCGGUCCGGGCCAUUUCGUGGCGGCGACAGACGUCGUCCUCCGACCUAGAAACCGAGAGCUCGGCAAGGUUGCAGUGGUGGCCACGACCGACUUCUCGGAGGUGACAUGCUCUCCCCACAAGAGCCAUCUCUGCAGCGCCCUUGUCACGAUCAAGGAGUUCAUUCCGGACCCGAGCAACUUCUUGACAGCGGCACUCAAACGCUUCCAAACUCCGACGCCGACCCCUCCCACGACCCCCAACGCCGUGCUGAAGACGUUUUACACCUACGAGACGACGCCCAACAGACUGCCAUGGCAGCAGGCUACAGCGAAGACAGCUCCGGCACCUCUGAAACAACCGGUCUUCCAGCAGCAACCGCGGACUCCGGCGGUCGCAAACGACGGACUAGACCUCUCGGGAAGGAAGAGUGUCGAGCCGGGCUCAGCGGCAGACCUAAGGUCGAAGCAGAUCCGCGCGCGAAUCGCGCUGUUGGAGCGGUACACGGCGCUGGCGCCCGUUCCGACCUUGGCAAGUCCGCCUUCGAAGGAAACGAGAAAGCCGUACCGCAAACCCGUCAUCGCGAACCGCGACGACAAGGCCGCGUCACCCGAAAGUAGUCCGCCCAUGGACUUGGAUACCGACUGAGACUUGUGCCGGGCGUGUAUAGUUUGUUUUACUUGCCUCAGGGAUGUAGUUCUAGGUUCUAUGGUUAUUCUAUUUCAUGCCGUCUUAUUGAGUAGAUUUAUUGUUGAAUUAAAAUAACGACUCUAUGCGUAGUGCAAGUUCGUCUGCUUCUUGCACAGGAAUUGUGGUGAUAUCAGAGUGCCGAGCUGUCAUUGACUGAUUGAAAAAAAAAGUGGGUAGACCUCAAGGCAUCUAGCAUAGAGGUCUACCCACUAUCCUUCCAAUCAAAGCCGAUUUAAGCUCAGCGUCAUUCUGACGUCACCGCAACUCCUGUGCAAGAAGCAGACAACUUUCUAUCCGCAUAUAGUCGGUUGCAAGUUGAGAAAAGUAAGACAAGUGCCUCCUAGAAGGCUCUCUGUUUGCCACAAUCAGGGGCGGACGCAGGUAUUUCUUGAGGGGGGAGGGGUCAGGUGUUGGUCAGCGUAUCAUAUCUUUAAGACCCCCCCCCCCCCCCCCCUUUCCGGUUUCCACGCCCUAAAUCUGUACAUAUGCAGAAUUCAAAAGGGGGGUCAGGACAUCCGGACCCCCCCUCUGAAUCAGCCCCUGGCCACACUGGGCGAUUUAAUUUGUCCUGUUUUUGUAACCUGCAACAGAUUAUAGUGUGUCCGUUUUGUCACGGCAUACUUGGUCAGUUGCUAUUUCCGACGGUCGAAUUAAAAUAUUCGAGAGACCACUAGACUUGAGUUUUUUAUGGAAUCCUUUUGUCCUGACUUUAUUUUAUGUGUAGUUGUGAGCGCAUGACAACCGUCGCUUAUCUGCAGUGACUGGUGCCAAGCGAUGUCAGUUAAAUCUUUUUGUUUUGUUUUGCACUUAGAUCUUAUUGGUUUCUAUGAUGCAAGUUUGUAUAAGUACAAACGUAAAGAUUGCCUCACUUGUAACGAAAAUUAGCAUUGUUUUUACUUUCUUUUUUAUAUCAUGUUUCAAUGACAGCUUUGGCAAAUGUGAUGUCGGUUUUGAAGUUCGACUAUUUGAAAACAUUGAUACGGAUUUGUGGCCGUAAUGCCUGCCUUGAUAAUAUAAUCUAGUCAGCUCUGCACAACCAUUGACAAUGCUAAAAGAGCAUUUAUCCUAUUCUGUGGUGGAUGUUCCAUUUUCAGUGAACGGCAUGUUUUGAACAACUUCGAGAGAUUCACACACAUAUACAACACUUCACAAAGCAUACGUAUGUCGUUCCUACGGAGGUUUUAAUACAUUUUUGUAUUUUGUAUAUACAUAUUCAUGGCUCCCCUAAAGCUACUAGACGACAGUCUUGCAUCCUUUCAUUUCCUGCUGAAGGGGUCCGACCACACUUUCAUACCUGAAAGAAAGUUUGGUGUAAGAACCCUUGAACGUUGGGAAGGACUUGCAAACAGUCCUUCUAGUACAGACAAAUGACUGUGUCACAACUCUGUUACCUCCUGGCUGCACAGAUUCCUGGUCGAUGUCUUUUCUCGUUUUUUUCUGUAUUUGCUCUAAAAAUAAAGAGUCAAGUUUUACUUCAAUGUAA